CGUUUCGCAUUGCUGUUCUAGGUUUACCGCAACCUUAGCCUCGGUAUGGAGCAAGUCUACUUUCGCUUUGUCAACAGACCACAAGAUUCAAGACAGAAAUCAAAGAAAUGAGUAAUAUUUACAUUCAAGAGCCCCCAACCAAUGGGAAAGUUCUAUUAAUAACAUCAGCUGGAGACCUGGACAUUGAGUUGUGGUCGAAAGAAGCACCUAAAGCAUGUCGAAACUUUAUACAGCUCUGCAUGGAAGGCUACUACAAUGGAACUAUAUUUCAUCGAGUGGUGAAGGACUUUAUUGUUCAAGGAGGGGAUCCAACUGGAACAGGAACGGGAGGAGAAUCAAUUUAUGGAAAGCCAUUUAAAGAUGAAAUUCACUCUCGAUUACGGUUUGUCAGGAGAGGGUUAGUUGCCAUGGCGAACGCUGGAGCAAAUGAUAAUGGCAGUCAGUUUUUCAUUACAAUGGGACCAACCCCUGAGCUACAAAAGGAACAUACAAUAUUUGGAAAGAUAACAGGGAACACGCAGUAUAACUUAGGAAAAUUACAGGAAGUGGAGGUUCAACAUGAUUACGACCCUCUCAAAACUACACAUAUUUUAUCAAACCCAUUUGAUGACAUUAUUCCAAGAGUAUCUGCACAUGAAAGAAAAUCUAAAGAAUCAAAAGAAGACAAAGUGAAGAGCAAGUCAAAAGCCACAAAAAAUUACAAAUUGCUGUCGUUUGGAGAUGAAGCAGAAGAACAGGAAGAGGAAGUAGAUCUGGUAUCCAAGGACUCCAAAGGGAAGAGUAAAAGUAGCCAUGACCUUAUAGAUGACCCUUCCCUCAGUACAGAAACCACAGAGAUAGACCAGGAGGAAGUCAGACAGAGACUAGCACAGCCACCAAAGGAGAAAAAGAGGAAAUCCCCGUCACCAGACAAAGACCAGAAAGAGGAGCAAGAGAGAGUAAGUAGAACUGAAGAAUUGCGACAAGAGGCAAAGCGAUUAAAGAGAGACCUGAGAGAGAUGAAAACAGACAAGAAACAAAGUGAAGAGAACACAGUUAAAGAAGAACCAGAGGAAAAGAAUGAGGUCAUAACAGCCUACAAGGCAGAGCGAGAAAAAUACAAGAAAGCGAAAGUAAAGAAAGGGAGUGGCAGGGAGGAAGCUACACUCGCCCUGCUGGCAAAGUUCCAGUCCAAGCUGGACUCUGUCAAAAGAAUCUCAGGUGACUACAGUGAUGAGGAAGAGGCCCCAGAAGGGGAGACUGAAACUGCAGAGGCCCCAGGGGAUAUGUCAUGGAUGACUCACAAGUUAAUUUUUGAAGAUGAAGAAAGAAAGAAAAAAGUGAUAGAUGCCAACGUACAAGAACUUGAUCGUUAUGAGAUCUACGACCCUCGUAAUCCCCUCACAAAAAGAAGACGAGAAAACAUUAAUUUAACAUUUAGCUGUCAGGGUAAUGAUGGUGCUGCUACAGUUGAAAAUGGCUACGACAUAAUGAAAAUCUGUGGCGACAGUCCAGAACUGUCAAUGGUCGCGGACGAUGACCUGAACAUGGCGGAAAUCACAAUCUGCUUUCUGGAAAACACUACUGCUAUGAGUAAAAGCAACGAAUCGAUGCUCAUGAAAUUUACUAUUGGUGGAUAUUCAAAAAAUACAACGUGGGAACCAUCAGAAGUUUCCAUGGUGAUAGAUAAUGCUCAUUUGCCAUGCGGAAGUGGAUACCUCAGAGCUCAGGUGCAGAACUAUGGGAAGGUUAUUGCAACAGAGUACGAGAGGGCGAUAAGAGUGUGUGACAACUCAGACAUAGAUAUAAGUCUCCAUAUUAAUGCCACAAUGAAGACUCCGGUGAAACCACAGCUGUACACCGGGAAGUACUCCAACGAUCUUCUGUCGCAGCUUUCACAGUACAUGGACUUCAACAAAGCAGUUCUUCGUAACCUUGGAAACAGAAUGUUACCUAAUGCGACAAUGGAGACCCCUCACAUGGUAGCUGUCUAUCUCACAACUCAAAAACAGAUGAUGCAUGACCAGGGCGGGAAAUGCUUGGUGCCUACCUACACAAUCAUCGACCAACUCAUCGGCCAUAUUGCCAUUACAGAUGGAAUUAAGCCGGGAGAAGAAUUUAACAUAGUUCCUCACUUACAUGGACAUUAUAUUCCGGAAAAAACCUCAGUCUGCGGAGACGCAGAAUUGGUCAUUUUUUACGACCCUCUAAAGAUAAACAACGACGUUGAUGAAUGCAACGAUUUUACAACAGUGCCAGUUUAUGUCACGUGCUCAAGUAAUGUCAAAAUGGAUAACUGCGUGUUGUGUCCGAAUCCCGUCGAUACUAAAACAUGGGCAUUAUUUAGCAACAUGACAUUCUACGAGUAUAAUAGCAUGGACGAUGAAUGGAAGGGGACUGAAUUGCGUAUGAUGGACAUGGAAACUAGAAAAGAACUGGUAAAUGCUGGAAUGUCUCAACUCAUGCAGAGCCAUCUGUUGGGACUCUACUCACAAUCAAACGAGGGACUUUGUAUGUUUGUUGGCCGAGCAGAAAAAGAUACUAUGAUGAAACUACAGAAAAUGAUGGUACCAGAGCCCAGGCCUAUGGAAGGACUUGAGAACAGAUUACAAAGGAUAAUGAAUGCAAUGGGAACUUACCAAGAUGUGGGUUCUGAAAUGGAAUCCUUGCAGAUGUGGGGGGAUUCUGAGUCAGACCCAGUCAACAAAUCACUCAUUAUGGGAGCUUAUACUGGGCUGGCUAUGAUUCAAAGUAUCAACUUAUUGUUAUUGAAAUCCCAGAUAUUGAAUGAACAGUUUCCUGCAAAUACGACACGUUUAAUGUACGGUCAGAUGCUGAGAGGUCUUGCACAGAUGAACCAUAUGGGUGAAAUGUAUCCAAUGUUAACUACUACGUACGGUAUGGAGGUAUUAAAGUAUGCCAAAGCGGUUCAGAUUCUAACUUUUUACCUUCACAUGAAAAACAUUCUACCUGAAAAUGUAGCCAAGCCCUUAGUAAAGAUGACAAAAUACCUGAUGAACAAGCAAAUGGAAUCCAUGUCUAAUGACACAGGAAGCAGUUUUUGGCAGAUGUCAUCUUGUCCUUUUGACCAGCAGGUCAGCAUAGUAUCCAAGGCUAUCCUGAUGUUUGCCAAUGGAUGGGACGGCGAGGAGAUGAAACAGGCGAUGCAAAUGAAAGAGAAACUUAAAAUGGGCAUGUGCAGCGGUAACAUGCUUCGAGUCUUCUUGCUUAAAGGUGGCCAUAGAGUAGUCAGGAAAGCGCUUCUCCGUAAAUCUCUUAUGGAAAAAGGGAUGAAACUUGAUGAUUUGAAGAAGAUUCCGAAAAAUUGCAGGCGAAGUCCCUUUGAGCCAUAUGAUGCACCUCUUGAACAUUUUAUGGUAAACGACGAUGGUAAAAUAAUGAAAGGUGCACACAAUCCAAUACAGCAAGUCUUUACACACAAAGUUAUAGCCACGUGCCAUUGCAAGGACACCUGCACUGACAAUGCAAUGGGUGGAUCUACAAGCAUGGGUGGCGGCUAUCCAGAAAUGGGCAGAUCUAAUGGCAUGUGGUCGACAACUACCCCGUCGUGGAUGUUUCACGAAAUGAGGGGCACAACUCCCCCUCCGUGGAAUACCCCUAGUCCACCGAUGACGCGGGAUCUUCGCCCUCCCCCACCCACAACCAAUUGAUUUUGAAGACUUCACAUAUAUUCUUUAAUUUAUUGUUCAUGUUUUUCCCCGUUAUAAUCCGAUUUUUUAAAAUUCCCUGUUGAGGAAAAUUGUCUGAUGUAAAGAAUGGAUACGUACAAGCAAAGACAACUGCUCAAUCUGAGAGGAUAUU